AUGGACACAAGUGCAAGAUCCAGUACUGGGUGCAACAGUGCUGUCUUGCCCUCCUUGACUACACCCCUGCAGGUCAGGAAAGUGCACCAGCCCCAAGAAGCAGAUGGAAGAAUUCUUCCCAUCUCACUCCUUGCUGGCAACACAAAUUGGCUUUUGAAUAAAGCCAAAUCAUUCAAGGUGCUUGCUGGCCAGUGCUGCUUAGGAGCAAAUAUCCUUUAUGCUGCAUGGGGCCUCCAUCAGAUUCUUGAGUUAGGAUCUGAGUUCCUGACAAGCCCCCCCCCCCAAACUGCUCAUGAACACAUUCAAUGGAUGAAAGAUGAAAACACCAGCAGCUCUCCAUUCAUAACAUUGGGUCUGCAUUUCUCUUUGUGUCCUUCUCAUGGACACCACCAUGAAUUGGGCUGGCACCAUGCCCACAUGGACAUCACUGGUGUCACAUGUUUGUCAGGGGGCCCCCUUCCCCUCUAUUUCCUGUGGGGAGGUUGUGAUGGAGAACACAAUCCUCCAAGUGGUGGGGUCCACCUCCAGAGGGGGGAUAAUGACUGGCAUAAGUUCAUCACUGAGUUUGCUAUCCCCAACCUCGACGACAUCAAUGAUUGGCCUGAGCUGGCUGUCCUGCAUGUUCCCAACCCUACCCCACAUCCUUCUUCUUCUCACUGGACUGAAAAGCUUCACCUUCCCUUGUGUCUCCACCCUUGA